CUAGGCUAGGUAUGCGUAGCUAGCGCCCCAUGCGAGCACCAUGUUUGAACACAAGGGGACCGUGGGGGUCCGGCCCAGGCCUUCUGGCCUCCUCAAUUCAUCUGAUUGGAGAAUGAAAAAUAACGCAAAUGGUGUCAGGAACCUUUUCUGCUCGGAGUCCAGGGAGCUCCGGCAUAAUACAUGACUGAGCAGAAAGCGCUCAGCAACGUAAAAGAGGCGAGGAAAACACUUCCUCAUUGAUAACAAUUACAAAAGUGCACGCGUGAUACCAGCCAGGCCUAAUCCAGCCAUCGAUCACUCACACCGCAUACCAACAAUGCCAAAUUGAUCGCUUCAUUAUGUGGCCAAAUGUGUUUCAGAACCUGUUUCGGGGACUGUCUCUACUUAGGUUGACAGCAGGUGCGUCAGGAUUGUUAAUGAGGCAGCGUGGGCCAAUGUAGCCACACACCUGUGCACUCAAACACACAAUUUAUGUGUGUGUGUUAUCAUAACUAUCAAAACAUUAACCCUAGACUAUGGAGAACAUUUAAUGAUGAGCAGAAUGGCAAUGUAGAAGCUAUAUGGCCAAAUGUGUUUCAAAACCUGUUUUUGAAAUUUGAUUUAGCUACCUACACACAUUUGUUAUUGCAUGUUUUAGAAUUAAGAUUAACUUUUGUAAUGUAUAUGUUGUUCCCAGAUGGAGAUGCUAUUUAUAUUGCUGGGAUUUCCCUUCUUUGUCAAAGGUUGUAUUGGCCUUACUCUUCCUGGAAAGGUCGGAGGGGCGGUCGUGUUUCAAUGCAGCUCAUCGAAGAAGGAAAUAAAGUCUAUUUCCUUUCAAGGAGGCCCAGGUUUUAAAACCGUUAAAAUUCGAUAUUAUGCUCCGACGAAUGAGACCAAAAUCUUUCGACUAGACACCGUCUUGAACCUUGUGGAUAAAACGAUAACCUUUAAGAAUCUAACCGUCUCAGAUGAAGGGAAAUAUAAAUGCGUCAUAUUCUAUGGGGAAGCUCGUGGAAAAACUGAAGACACCAUAACAACGCUCAACAUAACUGCAACCCCCGAUGCAGUCACACUAGAUCACCACAACCCUGAGAGCGCUGGUGACGUCUCCAAUGCCUCACUUACAUGUACUGCCAUCGCCGUCUAUCCAGUCAGCAACAUAUCAUGGAACGUUUCUGGUGUCCUUGAGCAUCAAUGGAAGAACGUCGUUAAGCAGGAUAAGAAUUCUUCGCUGUUCAACAUCUCUAGUACUGCGUUCUUCAACUGUUCAGACGGAUCAACGCGACUCAUCAGAUGCUUUUUGGGGGGCGUUUCCUCUGACGAGAAGAUUGUCUGUCAACAGCCAAAGGGUGUACCUAUCGAUACUUCACUGCCAGUAUCUAUAAUCGUACCAGUGGUAUUGGCAGGUGUUGCAGUGGUGGCACUUUGUUGUUAUUGGAAACUCAAAAGAAAUUCACCAGGACCACCGAUGCCGGAACAGGACAAUGUGCAGGAAGUGGAACUACAGUUCUUCCGGCCGAGAACUGAUGAGACUCCUAUCAGACAGCAGAGUGCAGCAAUGGGUACCAUUGGGACCACGGCCAAGAAGGAGACUGAUGAGACUGAUAUAUUGUUGACCACAGGGACUUGAACUUGCUUUGUUUACUGUGUGUGUGUGUGUGUGUGUGUGUGUGUGUGUGUGUGUGUGUGUGUGUGUGUGUGUGUGUGUGUGUGUGUGUGUGUGUGUGUGUGUGUGUGUGUGUGUGU